AGGACUUUCCAGGACAAAGCGUGCGACAAAGAGACGGGGAUCGGUGCGAAAAGGAGAGGAGUGUAGAGGAUUUAACAGCCCUUUGAAAUUGCAGCAGGCAGCAGUCGACGGCAGCAGAAUGCAUCUCUAAAGAGGCAAAGCUGACUGGAAAAAGACAGGGAUACUGCAGAGAAAGAGACGGAACAGAAGGAUCGGAUCAGCGAGUGACAAAGAGUACAAAAGGCCUGUACCUUUACUUUACCACUUUACUACCUUUGUAAAAUGGCUGGGUUCCGACUUAUUUUGGUUCUCCUACUGACCACCAUUAUUUGCAAUAUCCAAGCCAACGACGGUGCCUCCUCCUCCAGUUCAGCACCCGCCACCCUGGGCAUCUUCUUCGAGAGAGCUCCGGAAUCGGCGGUGGCGCCCAAAGGGGACGAAGUGGUCUUCGAGUGUGAACUGAACCUCAAGCCGGAUCGCCUGGAGUGGCGAUUCAGACGCAGCGGUUCCACGGAGCCCUAUCGAUAUCUGAGACCCACGGCGGGAUACAAUGUGACGAGCGGCAGUGACGAUCGCGCCUGGAGACUACGGAUCUACGUGAGUGCCCAAACGGCGGGAGACUACCAGUGUGUGGCUUGGUAUGGUCCCGGUGCCCUGGCCUCCACUCCCGCCCGCUUGGCCUUGGUCUCGAUAGCUCUGGACGGUGGUGGUCAGGGAUCGACGGGAUCCCGGGGCUCCAUUCGGUGGAGUGUGGCACCCAAGAACUGCCUUCUCAUUCGCUGCGGCAGUGUGAUAUCCAAUCCGCCGGCCAUCUGGAGUUUCUACAGGAAUGGCAAGAAGCUGCCGCAGUCGGAAUUGCUUUCUGGGGCAGCUGGAGCUCUGGUCUUGGACACGGUGACGGCCAAGGACGCCGGCACCUACUCGUGUGUGGCCACAAAUGCCAUAACAGGCGACGAGCUGAGGCUUCCCCAAACCAUCGAGUUGCGGGUGGAUUACACCGACAGAACGCCUCCGUACUUCCUGCAGCGCCCACCCACCGAAUACUCGGCUCGUCCCGGGGAGACAGUGGUGCUCGAGUGUCCGGGGGUCGGAUCGCCGCGACCCACAGUCAUCUGGAGCAGUCCCAACGUGGCUGAGAUCUACAAUAACAGGAGCAAAAUCCUGCCCUACGGCCUGCAGAUCACCGAAGUGAGGCCCGAGGAUCAGGGAUCCUACAUCUGCAUGCUGGACAACGGAAUUGCGCCGGCCAUCGAUCACACCAUCAAGCUGAGUGUCCUGCAACGUCCCACCAUCUUGAGGGGACCCGCCUCCACCCUGACGAACGAAAGCAACCCCUUGCUAUUGGAUUGCUCCGCCACGGGGAACCCGCAGCCGGAUAUCUACUGGCUGAUAAACGGGGAGGACGCCACCAAGGACCCAGAGGCCCAGGUGGACAACCGGAGUCUGCACCUGAGGCGAGUUCAAAAGCGACACGCCGGCGUGGUCCAGUGCUUCGCCAAGAACAUUUUGGGCGAGACCAGCGAGGGCAACAUGCUGCGCGUGAAUCCCCUUGAGAUCACUGGCGAGGAUGACGAGCCACUCGGUGGAGUUCCCAUGUGGCCAGUUCACGAAUCGAAUGGGGGAACUGGAUCCUCGUCGACUCCCUCUGGCGGCUCCAAGAACAAGGGCGGCAGACGAAAGUACAAGGCCAACUUGGUUCCUCCAUCGAGACCCAACGUGACCAGGUUGUCAGACGAAUCUGUAAUGCUCCGCUGGAGUGUGCCCCAAAAUUCGGGGUAUCAAAUCACCUUUUUCAAAGUGCAAUACCGCCGGUUGGGAGACGGCAAAAACAGAAGGGAAAACUGGCAGACUACUAGCGAGAAUAUUCCUUUCGGAAACAGCUACGGAUCCGGAUCGGGAAGUAACCACUGGAGGCAGCGAAACCGGGAUCGGGAGUACGAGAUGGGCAAUCCAGCCAAGAACUUCACUUCUUCCGUUACGGGACUGACUUCCGGAAAAUACUAUCGUUUUCGGAUCGUGGCGGUAUAUUCGAAUAAUGAUAACAAGGAGGGCAAUACUUCGCUCAAGUUCUUCCUGCAAAAUGGUACAGCAAAGUCGAACUUACCAGUGCCCGACCUCCGCGAGGUUGAGCCCUUUUCCGAGUCCGCAGUAAUGCUCCAUUGGUCGUUGGUUUCCUCGGGUCAAAACGAGAAUAUAGAUGGUUAUUAUGCCUACUAUAGACCCACGGACUCGGCUGCGGAAUAUCUGAAAGCCACCGUGGAUGGUGGAAGGAGUCGAAGCUUCAAAGUCGACCUCCUUCGCCCGGGAACCGCCUAUGAAUUCAAAUUGCAGUCCUUUAACUCGGAUGCAGCCUCCGAUUUUAGUGCUAUACGCCAAGCCAGGACCAAAAAAACCAAUGAGCAAACUGCUUCUCCAUCGACUCCAGUGCCGGCCCAUAAAACAGGGGAUCAGCAGCAUAAUUCCAUUUAUCCAGUAAUCGCAGGAGCAGCUGGCGGUGGUUUGCUACUCCUCAUCGCUUCUGUGGUGGCGUGCAUUUGUCUAAAAAGGCGGGAAAACACACAACCAGAGGACGAGAACAAACCGCAAUUGGAGCACAUCCAAGCUGAUUUUGUGACUUCCGCCGUCUUGGGAGUGGGUGGCCACCACAAAAGUGGCGACGUAAGGCGCUUAAACGGAGUGAUUCCCAGGAUGAACAUCACUCCCAAUCCCUUGGCCCAGGAAGCGGCAUCCGAUAAGAAUCGCAACGUUAUGGAGCUGCGUUUCCUGCCGCCGCUGGCGAACGGAAACGGAAAUGCAAAUGCAAAUGGGAAAGGUAACGGUAACGGAAAUGGCAACUGCAUUGCUAGGGAUCCGGAGCAGCAGCAGCACGAGGAUGACGGCGAGGAUGACAACGGAUUGCCGGCACUCGCCUCGUCCUCCUGCGAAACAUUAGAGGCCUGUGACGAGUCGCUUAAGCUGAAUCUCCACCAGGAAGACGACCAGGAGCAGCAAAGUUCGGACAAUCCUGUGUUGGAGGCGCCCAGCAAGCCGCUGCCACCGCUGCCAAAGAAACCAGCCAAUAAUGCUGGCCAUACCAACUCUGGCCUGCAUCAGAAUGGCCUGCAUCAUGCGCAGCCGUAUCAUCCGCCUGGGACGCCCACAUUGAUUCACAAACGCUUGGACUACCACCAACAGCCGCCGCCGGUGCCUCCACAUUCCGCGUAUUACCAACAGGCACCCACCCACCAGCCUUCGCCGAUAAUGGAGCGAAGCAUACGGGGUCACCAACAGCCAGCAGGAGCAGGCGGCGGCUACCAUCUGGAGGAGGGCACACCAACGCCAACGAGAAUUCCCUCUCUGAGGAGACAACGACGCACUUCGGGCGGCCAAGUGCACAACAGCCACAGCAAUCUCAACUUGAAUUUGAGCCAUCACAACAACAACAACAACCUGCCGCCACACCACCAGCAUCUGCACCAUCAUCCCGGACAUCCGGGCGGACUGGUGGGCAUACCCAUUGUGCCAGGCAGUCCCAGGGUCCAGAGAUCUCCCAUGCCCAGCAGGGCGAUGAUCAAGAGGACACGAAUGGGCAGUCACACGGACAACAUCUCAUCGGGCAGCCUGAACAGUAUUGAGGUGUGAUGAGGAGCAGGACUAGGAGGACUACUAGACCUAUGCCACGAGCGAAAACAGUUCGUCGAAGUGGGACAGCUUAAAUUAGAUUUAAGGAGCACAACUUGACGAGUAUCAUUAUGGUUAUUCAUAGAACAGGCCGGCAGAGCACCUAAAGCCACGCGAAUAUUAGAGUUUAUGUCAUCGGAAUCACUAAAUUUAGAAAAACAAACUAGGAAGUUUGCAUUUAAAACUAGGUUUUUAAAAUUGAUAAGAGUUUGGCUAAUUUCUACUAAAAAGGACCUUAUAUGUUUUGAUAUAUUGAAGUACUUUGCGCUGGAACCAAAAAUUGUAUUGAAUUCGUAGAUGAAACAAACUUAAUGAAGUUUGAGUUUGUAACCUAAUUAAGUUUACUAAGAAAAUUUGAACGAAAUUAUUUAAAGCUUAGUCGUUCAACGCUAAUGCUACUUUAUUUUGUGUCAGCUAAAAAUAAUCUGAAGUUAACUCUUAUUUUUUUGUUACUGCCGGCCAGAUAGUCAGUAGACUUAUUAAUUUGUAUUUUUUUUACAGAUUUAAUUAUUUAGCAUAUUGUUCUGUGCGUCCCCCUGGGGGCCAAAUCGCACCUUGACUAAGCCUAGUAGAAUAGUGUUAUUUAUUUAUUUCAGUAUAAGCGGAAACGACUCGAUUUGAUUAGUUCAAUUAGAAUAAGCAUUCUCCUAAAGCAUUCUCCUAAAAACCUAACUAACUUGUAAGGCAAAUCAACUAUCUAGCAUAUCGCAAUACUUUUUGAAACGUGACUAAUUAUUAUCACCUGAUCGUAUAUCGUAUGCACAUGGCCCACAAGUAACGUAAAAUCAUCCUAUACUAUAUUUAAGCUAGUAAACAAUAGAAUCUUAAACUUAAAUAUGCUAAUUUUUGGAUUAAAAACCUGAAAUACAAAAUGAUGUCUGAAA